GACAGAUCAAACUGUCGUUCUCCCUAUCUAUUCGCCCCUCUUAUAUGCUCUUUUUGCAGCUUCUGGUCUUUGGUUUCCACUUUCCAGAUUAAGCAGACGAGGAGGAAUAAUGGCUUUGGAGGUGAAAGCACUACCGUUCACGUUUGUUACACACGCGCUUGCAGUUGCAGGUGCAAUUUUGGUAUUGGUUUGGUGCAUAUAUUUCAGGGGCGGCCUAGCUUGGGAAGCUUCUAACAAAAGUCUCAUCUUCAAUGUAAGUGUCUCUGUUGUUCUUCUUAAUUUGGUCUGUGCUAUCUAUCCUGCAGCCAUUAUAAGUUAUAAAUCUCUUCCUUUCAAGAAACAAGAGAAGAAACUGAUACAUCUGGUUCUCCACGCCGUUGCCCUAAUACUGGGUAUUAUUGGCAUCUACACUGCUUUCAAAUUUCACAAUGAGAGUAGCAUUGCCAACCUUUACAGUUUGCAUUCUUGGCUUGGGAUCACAAUCAUUUCCCUUUAUGGCAUUCAGUGGAUAUAUGGGUUCAUUAUAUUCUUCUACCCUGGAGGAUCGACUGGACUUAGAAGCGAAUCUCUACCAUGGCAUGUGGUUUUUGGGGUGUUGGUGUAUAUAUUAGCAGUUGCAAAUGCAGCAAUCGGUUUCUUGGAGAAGCUGACAUUCCUUGAGAGCUCCGGACUUGCUAAAUAUGGAUCGGAGGCUUUGCUUGUCAACUUCACUGCUGUGCUCACAAUAUUUUAUGGGGCCUUUGUCAUUUUCACAGUUCUUGGUCAGGGUCCGCCCGCGGAAGAGGAUCAUAGCUACACGGCUAUAUAAUGUGUAUUUUAGUAGAAACAUAACUAGGAUCGAUGUCUAUUAAUCCUUAAUUAGCAUUUGUAGCUAGAUCUAUUAAAAUGGCUGUUUCUGAUUAAUUAAAAUCAUGUAUAUCAUAUGUUGUACUUCAUCAUAUGGACUUCAUUUUAUCAUGCGAAUGACUGUAUUUAUUUUAUUCAAAUAGCGAGUUUUUAAUAAAUAAAUUAGUCUUCCUAAGAAA